AUAUAUCAGAGCGCUCGGAGGAAGCUUCGGGGAGCCAAAUAGGAUCGGGAAAACUAGGGUUCUGGGCACUCCAGGGGGACGAUGGCGUCCAAAACCCUAGCUCGGGCCGGGGCUUCCCUCAUCAAUCGGCUCCGCCUCUCCAAUCCAUUCCAUCCCCUGGAUCCGAGCAGUUCGUUGAUUCUGCCUCACAUUCCUUCCAAUCCUUCGGCGCAGUCUUUCCCGGCGAAGUUUCAGACACAUUGGUUUCCUCCGGUGGAGGGAGGAGAAAACGCCGAAAUCCUAAAAAUAUUGGAUUCUCCCGAACGGAUUUCCUUCCCCUGCGGGCUCCCUUCGCUUCGCUUCUUCAUAGAAGAUGGAAAUGAUGCUUUGGUGAAUGAGCCUUUACUCCUACUUCCAAAACGAACUUACCAGCCAAGCCACAUCAAGCGCAAGAGAACUCAUGGUUUCCUUGCACGUAAGGCGACGAGAGGUGGACGGAAGGUCAUUGCUCGGAGGUUGGCGAAAGGUAGAGCAAGAAUCACGUUGGCACAUGUCUCGAAUGAUUACAGCCAUUCUUUUAAAUCAAGUUACAAUGCUGAUAAGAAGAUCGUCGAACCCUCCCAUGAGUUAGCGGUGACCCCUAGCUAAUUAUCUCUAUUGGUCGCUUACUGUGAGCUGUGUUUUGAUCUGGCUCUUUGGCUUGUAAUUUGUGCCUCGGACCAUUCUGUGAAUAGGCCUUAUUUGUCUUCUAGAAGUUUUCACCUGUAAUCGACCUUAGAAAUUUCAUGGCAUUGUUGCCCAAAAUUGCCUUGGCUAAGAUACUAAUUCAUAAGAUUUUGCUCAUGGUCAAGACCCGAAACCUGCUGUAAAACAUUCUCAAACCAUAUUAAAUCAUAUCUUUUUUAGUGUAUUAUAUUGUUCCUUUCUAGAAGCAAGAUCUUUGGUUUAAAAAGUUCCAGUGGUCCCACACCUUGUUUUCACCUUGAGCACAGUUGGCAUAUGAUCGGAAAUUACUCGUUUAAGCCUGUCGUUAGACAUUUAGUGUUCCUUGGUAGAGGAGUCAACAUGGCAUAUGAUUGGAAGUUACUCGUUUAAGCCUGUCGUUAGACAUUGUAGUGUUCAUUGGUAGAGGAGUCAACUUGUAUUCUCAUGGAUUCGUCUCUGUUUCUGAGGUUGCAAACAGGGUCGAUAUUUGGGGCCAUCCCCUUUUAACAAUUCUUCUCAUGGCUUGUGGUUGAUAUGCAAAGUGCACAUUAAGCCAGUUUCAUCAUUUAGUAAACUAUAUCCCUAAAGGUUGACUGUUCCUGAAGUUUCAU